AUGGUGCCUCCUACUCGUGAACAAGUCGAGGCACGAGUGAAAAAAGUCAUAAGCAAGGUCACGGGUUAUCCUGUAGAGCAAAUUAAGAACACCGAUCCUGUCAACGAGUACACCUUUCCUUCUGGUACAUGGGAACUUAAGCCUACUGAGGGGUUUAAAGAUGCAGAUGAUUAUAAGGCCAUUUUAGAGGGCCUGGAAAAGGAAUUCAACUUCGAAUAUCCCUAUUCAAAAGACCCUGACUCUGACUCUAGGCUUGAGACUGUUCAAAAUGCUAUUGAGGUUUGUAUAUACCUGAGUACCAUUCAGGAUCCAGACUGGAGGAGGGAGCAGGCUCUGAAAAAGCAUUGA